AUGAUGAUGAUCUUCCAGAGAAUGAAGAGUGAUUGGGUCUCAACAAGUCAACAACUAUGGCUCAAUCAGCUGUCCCAAUCAGCCGAUGACCUUAAGGGCGGACUAAGCGAGUCAGAGCGUGUCGCAGCCAUCAAAGCUGCUCGAAAGCUCGCUCAGUCGCUUGAGAAACCACGAGAUGCCAUUCUCAAGAUGUCAUAUUCUGUAUUUGCUCUUAUCUACUCUGUUUAUUCUUGA